CUCUUCCAGGUACCAUAAUCCAGGGAGAAGUGAGUGACCUGAGGGCAAACUCUGCAGCAGGCAACUGCUUGUGUUAAUAAUACUUGCCAUCAGAACUAUCUGCAAGAAAGGCACACACCUUUGAUGCAAGAAGUUUUCUGAAAGACAGCUUUAAUCAGUUGUGGAUCUAAUGUUCAGCAUCUGAGGGUUUCCUCUCCAGAGCAACACCCACAAGGUUGCCUGAUUAGUCACCAGGCAAGAACCUCGGGACGAUUAUGGAUGGUUAUGAUGUAAGAUCUGCAGCUAGCAUUCUAGCUUCGGUUAAAGAACAGGAGGCCCAGUUUGAGAAGUUGACCAGAGCACUUGAGGAAGAGCGUCGUAAUGUUUCCAUGCAACUUGAGCGUGCCACUAUUCCCUCAGAAAGAUCGAGUAUAUCCAACAUUGACAACAGUGAGUCAUUUGCAUGGCAGCAGCUAGUGUUACAGGAGCAAAGCCCCUGUAAUCAGACUUCAAAAACAACAAUGCAGGAGCCGCAGGAGUUAGUAGAAGAAACUGUUACAGUUGAAGAGGACCCAGGCACUCCCACCUCCCACGUAUCUGUGGUAACAUCGGAUGAUGGAACGAUAAGGCGGACUGAGACCAAGGUUACUAAAGUGGUUAAAACAGUGACAACCCGAACGGUUCGGCAGGUGCCACUUGGGCCAGAUGGAUUGCCUGCAGAGGGGUCAUCUCCUGCUGGCAGCUGUACAGAUUCCAUUGACAGAAGAUACAUAAAAAAUGGAGAUCGUUACAUCACACCACAGGCGAAUUCUACUUUAACCAGAGCCUACAACAACUAUGCAGAGACAUAUGAGAAUCGCCACGAUAUGUAUCGUUCGUACACUGGUCAGGAUGGAUUUGCAGAUGUUUCUGAUAACUAUGAAAGCUUGUCGCGAGGAGUUCAUUACCGCCCCCGCUAUGCUUACUUACCACGAGACAACUACAGACCAGAUGAAAGUUACACGUUGUUGAAUAGAAAUAAGUAUGCUGUUGCCCAGCCACAAGUGCAGCCAGAAGGCAGUGUUGAUCUGAGCCGAUCUCAACCAGAGCGCUUCCAGCCAGAACCUUAUGGACUUGAAGAUGACCAUAGAAGUCUGGGACCCGAUGAUGAUGGCUAUGAACUGGAUGGAGAGCCGGAACCAGAACCUGAUUAUUCCACAGUGGGUCGAAGGGCACCCACAAGGGCUAAUGGAAGGAGACCGAGGAGAGGUUAUGAAGAUCCUAUUGAAGCAGAGAUCAUUGAAGAUCGGAUUCCAUAUCUGACAGGCGUGUACAAUGCACCACUAGCGCAACCAGAAAGGGGGAGCAUGGCCAGCCUAGACCGGCUUGGAAGACGCUCACCGUCUAUAGACAGCAUCCGCAAAGAUCCCAGGUGGCGGGACCCUGAUCUUCCAGAGGUUAUCGCAAUGCUCAGUCAUCACCUUGACCCAGUUAAAUCAAAUGCUGCUGCCUAUCUGCAGCAUCUGUGCUAUGAGAAUGACAAAAUAAAAAAGGAAGUGAGGCAGCUAAAGGGUAUACCUAUUUUGGCUGGACUUCUGGAUCAUCCGAAACCAGAUGUUCACCGUAGGGCUUGUGGCGCCCUGAGAAAUAUUUCGUAUGGUAAAGAUCAUGACAGCAAAGUAGCGAUCAAGAAUUGUGAUGGAAUUCCUGCCCUGGUUCGAUUACUAAGGAAGACCAAUGACAUGGAAGUUAGAGAACUAAUAACAGGUACGUUGUGGAACUUGUCUUCCUAUGAACCACUGAAAAUUGUAAUUAUUAACCACGGCCUUCAGACGCUAACAAAUGAAGUCAUCAUUCCUCAUUCGGGCUGGGAGAAUGAACCCAAUGAAGAUUCCAAACCACGUGAUGCUGAAUGGACAACAGUCUUCAAAAACACAUCGGGAUGUCUAAGAAAUGUGAGUUCAGAUGGAAGUGAUGCCCGUAGAAGGCUUCGGGAAUGCGAUGGUUUGGUAGACGCACUCCUGCAUGCACUGCAGUCAGCAGUGGGCAAGAAAGACAUGGACCGAAAGUCAGUUGAGAACUGUGUGUGUAUUAUGAGGAACCUCUCCUAUCAAGUACACAGAGAAGUGCCAGGAGCUGAUAAAUUCAGAGAGCCAGCAGCUGACCAGCAAACUGGAACAGGAAAUUCUCAGAAGAAGAAGAAAGAUGAUUCUGGUUGUUUUGGUGGGAAGAAGGCAAAAGGUAAAAGGAAUGUAGAUGUUGACAAAAACUUCGAUACCCUGGACUUGCCAAAGCGUAUUGAACCGGUGAAAGGUUAUGAGCUGCUGUACCAACCCGACGUGGUUCGACUCUACUUGUCCUUGCUCACAGAAAGUCGAAAUUACAACACAUUGGAAGCUGCAGCAGGUGCUCUGCAGAACCUAAGCGCUGGGCAAUGGACGUGGUCCAAUUACAUUCGUUCAACUGUGCGGAAAGAGAAAGGUCUCCCAAUUUUGGUAGAGCUGCUGAGAUCAGAUUCUGAUAAGGUUGUACGAGCUGUGGCAAUCGCAUUGCGAAAUCUUUCUGUAGAUGGACGCAAUAAGGAUCUUAUAGGUAAUUAUGCUAUGCAUGACCUGGUAAGCAAUCUGACAGGUGGUCAACAAAGACCUGCAAAGAACCUUGAAGAAGACACAAUAGUCGCAAUACUCAACACUAUCCAUGAAAUUGUUACUGACAGUUCAUCGAAUGCUAGAUCCCUGGUUCAAGCACAGGGCAUUGAGAAGCUUGUGGCAAUCAACAAAUCCAGCCAGUCUGUAAGGGAGAUGAAGGCUGCAGCUCAUGUCUUGCAGACUGUAUGGAGUUACAAGGAGUUGAGAAAUGCUCUGCAUAAAGAUGGCUGGAACAAGUCCCACUUCCAGCCGAAUGUGACUACACUUCCCAAAGGAUCUAAAAGUAGUAGCAAAGCAAGUGGCUAUGAUGACAGCACUCUGCCGUUAAUUGAAAGGAACCAGAAAGAUGGUAACAAAUGGUCUGGUGAAAUGAUACCCAUGGAGCAGUUUGGCCCAGAUACUUAUUCUACCUUGGAUCAGAGAGAGAAAGAGCGCAAGUGUAAGACUACGGACGUUUCUGGGGAUGCUUUUGAGCGGCAACCUUUGCGGGCAUGAAAUGCAGCAGUAUUGAACAUUAUACAGAGGAUUUCAUUGUUCACCACUGCCAUUAGAUUUGGAGGACUUCAUUUCGCAGAAGCUAUCAACUAAAUUUAAAGAGAAGGAAAAAGAAGCCCCAUCGGUCAAACCAUAAUAUAACCACAUCUUUUCGGGGAGAUGGGUGGGGAAGUGGGGGGGGGAGAAAGUUGCAAUAUAAUCCCUCCAAAUGUAGCCCUUAGCCAAAAAAAUUGCUUUUGUCUGGUUGGCUAGAUUUCUUUUGAAAUCUUGCAGUAGGUGGUAUGAAGGGUGAUAAGAGAAUGUUACGUGGUGAAGAGAAAGGAAGCCAAGAGGGUCUUUUUUUUUAAACAAAAAGAAUCGUUACUUUAAAAAACUGGUUUCAAAAUAGUGUUUUUUUUUUCCCCCCAAUUUAAACCAUUUACCAUAACUUUGUUUGCACUUUCUUUUUGAACUGUGAAAACCAAGUUUAAAUCUGUUUCAUUUUACAAUGGAUUUUGUGUUCUGAGUGAAGAUAUGACAUGAAUACACAGCUGCUGAGAUGAAGGAAGUAACUAGAGAAGGCUAGAAAGGGGUUUGAUAGGUGACACAAGAAGGCUUUGAAGUUAAUCAGUGGAGUAAGCUCAAAUUAUUAGACUGCUGGUAGACUGCUGGUUUUAUUGAAUUGUUGUAAGUGUAUAGUUAUAACUGAGGUGUUACAUGUUCCAUUAAGAAAAUACAAAAUAUUUCGAUAGACUGGGGCAAAGUGGUGCAAGUCAUUUUAAUGUGGAAGCAAAUUUUAAUGCAUAGGUGACAUUUCACUUUUUUUGGCAUUUUGUAUAUUUACCCGGUUCCAUUUUGGAAUUUACUGGUUGUGGAAUAAUGACAUAACGUUAACAUUAUUGGAAUGCUUUGCAGUUUAUGGCCCAAUUCAGUUUUUGUACAUUGAAAACCAGCAUGACAUAAGUGACAUUGGUGCUGUACCGGUCUAUAUAAUGACGAAACAAAAAGAGGUGUAGCCCUCCCCCUGCCCCAUCCCACCAACCCAAAACAAAUCAAAGAAUUAAAGGCGCUGUCCCAGCACGGCAAGUUUGUCUAUGUAUUUUGAACCAUUGUAUGUCUUUUUAUUAAAAAAAAACAAAGUUUUGUUGUGUUAAGUUCUAAUUGAUUUUUACUUCUUGCAGCUGAGUUACAAACUGAAUUUUCAAUCUGGAUGCCUGGAAAGCACAUCAUUAAAAACAGUGACUUUUUCUUCAAGUGCUCCCAAAUUACUGGAAAAGUUGAAUUUAUUUUGCAUUCAUAAUAACUGGCAUGUACAGUAUGUAUUCUUUAUGUCUAACAAUAUUGGUUAGCUUGACUUUUGCAAUGCCUUUUUAAAAGCAGAACUGUAUCUUAACAUUUUUUUCUUUGAACUGGGAGGGGUGGGUGAUUCUGAAGCAGUGAUUUUCUUCAAAUACUUCCGUACCUGAAGGAUGAACUGGAAUACGUCAGUUGCCAAAACAGUGUCAUUGGAUGGUACGGACACAACAUUUGCUGUUAAUUCUUGUUUGUUACCAAAGGGUUGGAAAAUAGAGAAGGUCCCUAACUACGUUACGAGAGCUGUUUAUGACCUUUAAUUAUUUUUCUUUUGUGUAGAAUGUGCUACAGGUGACUGCUUUGAAGAAACAACAAGCAAGGUCUACUCAUUCUGGUUGUAGAUAUUACUGUUCAGUUAUCUGGGACUUCUGGUUAUUAGUGGCAAAUGUGUUUGUACUAUCAUGUGCCUUAAACUUUUCAUGGUAGAAAAAGAUGAUGUGUUUUUAUAUAUAUAAUAUAUAUAUUACUCUUAGCAUAACUGUAGUUUAUACUGGUGGGUUUUGCAUCGCAUUGCAUUACACUGUAUUAUAAAUUACACUAAACAAUGACUUACCGCUUUCUUAGAACUAUGCUACAGUGACCGAAUGUAUUAUGUUUAAUUCCACUAAUAUCCUGCAGCAGGUAGAAAGCUUGUUAAACCAGGUUUGUAGAAUUAUAAACUUGGUGUGUUUUCAAUAAACAAUGCCUGGAAAUGA